AUGGAUUUUCCAGAUAUGAAAAAGAACACUAAACCCUUGAAUAAUAACAACAAAGAAAAUCCCGAAUUUGCUGAUAAUUAUUACAAGCGAAGUUACAUAAAAGGGAGAAAAAAUGAAGAAAUUAAAAUAGGCUCAAACCUGUCUACGAACAAUGACGUUUUACAGCUACCCAGCGUGCUACACAACCAAAUUAGGAUAAUACGGACAAAUGAGAGCUGCUUUAAGGAUUACGUCGUUUUGAACAAUUUGGGAAAGGGAACGUACGCACAGGUAUGGAAGGUGAAGCAUAAAAUUACGAACGAAAUAUUUGCAGCCAAGUUGUUACAACCAAAUCAAUUUCCGAAGGAAUCAUUUAAUCGUAUUGUUGAAAUGUUUACUAAAGAAAUAAUUAACCUGUCCAUAUGUCAAUGUCCUGGGGUAAUAAAGUUACACAAAGUUAUAGGAGGAAAAGAAGGCUGGAUAUUGAUACAAGAUUAUGCAAAUGAUGGGACCCUGUGGAAGGAGAAUUUAUCGAGCAAUAUGUCUGAAGCCUUCCUCUACUUCAUUCAACUGUUGCAGGGAAUGUGGUACAUUCAAGACAUGAAUAUUGUUCACAGAGAUUUAAAGCCAACAAAUAUUUUAAGAUAUGACAAUAGAAGAAUCGUCAUAGCGGAUUUUGGAUGGUCCGAACAUAUCGACUCCUGCAAUUUGCACCCGACAGAAUGGCCAGGGACGUUAGAAAUUAACCCCCCAGAGGUAUUAAGGAAUACGGGACCCAUGACGGAAAAAAUUGACAACUACGCCCUUGGGAUGAAUAUGAUUUUAUUCAUUUCUGGAAGAUUCGUGUGUAGGCAAAAAGGAAUCGAAUGUUCGAAAGUGGCCCAAACUAUUCUGAAAACGGUGCAUAAUUUGAGACACUCCAAACCCCCUAGCAGAUUCAGAGAGAAUCUUAAAGCGUGGGAUUUAUUCGUGAAGUUGACUUCAUCAAACCCCAGUGAAAGAUUAAGCUUGCAGAAUGUUCUGGACCACCCCUGGGUGACAGAGAUGUUAAACAAUUUUAGCCUUCAGAAUUCCAAAUUUUUGUGGCAUGAGAAGGUUAAGAGCAGGUGGAUUUACCUGCUCUCCAAUAAUUGGAACUUUUUCAAAAAUAUUUCCUCCAUCUCGCCGAAUGGCGCGAAUACAGCUAAUGCACCCACUGCAACGCAUGCGGUCUACUCAACCAAUGCGGCAAAUUCUGUCAACGCAGUCAACACGGCGAACGCCAUUUCCCUCAAUGCGAAUGGCAAAAUGAAGCAAAACGGAGAAAUAGACAAGGAAGACGCUUCUACUUCGAGAGGAAACAACAAGGCAACCGUCGUGAUGGACGGGGACACCCCGAAGGACAAAACUAGUAACAAUAAAUAUUCGCACGCUUGUCUGAAAAAUGACUACGAAAUUCUGUACUAUAUGAUGAAGAAUAAUUUUAAAAAUAGAAUAAAUUGUUGCUCCGUGAAGAAAAGCGACCCCUGUACCUGCAGGAGCAACGAUAGCAAAACCAAGCAAAGUAGAGAUGCCAGAAGUGCAGUGAAAGCGGACCAUAGGACAGCGAACACUAGCUACAACAAUGAUAGACUCCAGAACGGGGGGGUCAUCAACGCUGCUUCUGCCACAUCUCUUCACAAUAACAACCACGGUCCACAUGGGAAUGCGGACGCCCUGCAUGUAUCCCCAGUUGCGUACGUGGAAAACGCUAAGAAGGAUAAUUUUCUGCUCAUCAAUGAUGACAUGGAAAAUCCGAACAACGACAAUUUUGCGAAGAAGAAAAAGGAGGAGCAUAUCACAACAAAGGAGAAUGAAGCUAUCGUUAUAGACGACGAGGAGGACGAUGAAGAUGACGAAGCAGAUGAAGGAGGUGAUGUGGGGGGUACCGGUGCAGUACACAAGAAUUACAUGCGAAAGAAUAAGAAAGGAGGAGAUCGUGCCAGCGUCAGGAAAGAAUCGAAAAAUGGGAAAAUUAGCCAGAUCAGUCAUGCUAGCCAAAAUGUUAAAAAGAAAGGCACCUGUCACGAAGCCUGUAGCGGAGACGAAGGUAAUCAGUUUCUGGAGGAACAGGUACGAGACAUCGAGCAGGGGAUUACCGACGGGGAAGAAGAUGAAGUGGAAGGAGAAACACAAAUUGAGAGCGACGAGGAGGAAGACAACGAUGAUGAGGAAGAAAGUGAAGAUGACUAUUCGGUUAACGACGACGAAGAAGAAAGUGAGUAUGAAGAGGAGGAGGAGGAGGAGGAAGAAGAAGAAGAAGAUGAAGAGGAGGAAGACCACGCUCAAAACCACCGCAGUAUGGAUCAACACAGUCGAAACGAUAACCGCACACUGGACACCAGAAACAACCAAGUUAUCCAAAUGAGAAGCGGGAAAAAUAAUAACCAAUUGAAGAAUGUACGGGAAAGUUGCUAUAGCAGGAGCGAGAUGUACGAUGAUUUUUUAAACUACAAGGGGAAAAAUAAUACACAUAAGUAUGAGAAACCGGUAGAGGUGAUCCACAAUGGAAACGGGAAAAUUGGUAAGAAGGGAAUGACCCCAAACGGGCAUCCCCUUUUUCAGGAAAAAAAUCGUAAUGUUAUCGUUAACACAUCGGACGAGAAGGAUGAGGCGAAUUUCUCAAACUGCAGAAACGAGUUGUCUAGCAAAGCGUCGAAAUGGUUUUGUGAAAAAAAGGAUCAACAAAUGCAAACGGAGCAGACAGUUAAUUAUACAAAAAAGAAGACGAUGACCCAUGGGAGAAAUUUUCAAGAUGCACUUCUCACCUUCGGUGAGUCCAAAAAUAUGAGAUUAUCGAAUGAUCAAACGGUGGAUCAAUUGACUGAAAAGAUAUGCAGGAGGGGUAACACGGGUAAUGUGGGAACCUCGCACAAAGGGGAUGAAUCCAAUGGGGUCAACGCGGAGGAGAGUACGGAUGGGGAAGAGAGGUCAUGCAAAUAUGAAGGAGGUGGAGAAAGGGGAGUGCUAGACCUGGAAGACCCCCCACCCCGCGGGAAAAAGUGGAUGCAGGGGGAGGACUCACCGCGAGGUGUACAAGGAGACGAAUACAAUGAUUUGGAUUAUCAAACGAAUGUGGAAGGUGAGAAAGAUGAUAACGAAGUCGACGACGAUGACGAUGAUGAUGAUUGUGACGAAGCCAAUGAGGAGGAGAAUUACAUAAAAAUUUACGCUAACAAUUUCAACAUCAACAAAUCAGGGAGGAAUAGAAAGUGCGCCAAGGAGAAGGAGGAGUCCUUUUCGAACAAAGUUAACUCAAUCUUGGAGAAUUCGAAGGAACUGAAAAAAAAAUUAAAAAAGAAUUUAUCUAGUUUGUAUGAAAUGGGUUUGAACGAGGGAGAGGGAGGAAGGGGCCAAAUCGUGGGCUCGUAUGAACAGAAGCAUUACCUAUUGGAUCUCCCCAAUGGAGGAAGUAUCAGCACCUGUCAUGGAAUUCGCACUGACAGCCGAAAUGGAAGUCGCGUCCAAGUUAGCCUCAGUCAGGAAAAGGUCGCAAGGGGGAGGGACCAAGUAUGUAGCAACGUGGGCACCAAAAAGGGAGAAGUCUGUUCUACUCAUUUCGUCGCGCACCAAAAAAGGAUCACCUCCUUCUCAGCAAAUGGUGAAGCGAUCAAAGUGGACAUGGACAAAUUGGGAAAGCAUCUCCAUGAUGAGAACACCUUAUCGAAAAAGAAAAAAAUGGGCGAUAAUUCUUUCUUAGUAGCGGAAGGAAAAACGAAUGAAAGGGUGCAUUAUAACUGUGAGGAGGAUCGAACAAAAGGGGAAGGUCAUACCGUUGUAGAUAGAACAAAUGGGUAUCACAUGGAGAGCUUAAAUAAUAAAGAGGAACCAUUUCAUUGCCCUUCCACAUUGAGGGGUUAUUUCAACAAAGCUACUGUAUCCACUUCUUCAGACAUUUGUGGGAAGAUGGACAAGUCGGGAGACCUUUCCCGGAAUAUCAUAGACAGUUGCAUCAGAUAUAUGGAAGACUCCAGAGUAAAAAAUAGCCAUCCCGAUCGUUUUGUUUGUUAUGCGGAGGGGGAGAGUAUAGUAGACCACGACAGGAGGAGUCAUCCCUUGCGAGGUAGCAGAUGCAUUGACAUGGAAAAAGAGAAGAGUAAGUUACACAUAAAAGAGAGUGAACAACUGAACCCCCUAAAUUGGGAAACCUUUUCAAAUAACGAUAAAAUUAAACAAUGCGUGAAUGAUCAUACGAAUAUUAGUAGCAAGGAUAAUGCUGAUAAGGGGUAUCACAUUGGCAAUAAGAAGGACACAGUCGUCGAAGAAAUGGCAAGGAUGGUGUCCAAAAGUAACCUCUCCAAUUAUAACAUUAAUAAUUGUGCUAAUAUCAAGGGAAAAAAUUACGAGUAUGAAAGUGGCCUAUCCUCUAUCAUGAACAAAAAAAAAUUGCACCGAGAAAAUGACAUGAAGAAUGAUGUAGAGGCACCAAGGAGUCGUUAUGUGGAGCAAAUAAAAUCUACUGGUGAAGAUGGGAAAAACAACAAUCAGAUGAUCAUCGACACUAUAAUUCCAGACGACACGAGACAGAGUGCAAACUCCAAAUUGUGUAAUGACAGAGUGAAUAAGGAUGGAAAGAAUUUCCCUUCGAAUAUUGACUCCUCCACUCAUAUGGCAGAGGAACCAAAUAACAGCAACGACGCCAACGAUAUUAUUAUUAAUAAUUUUAUGAAGAAUACGAAGGGUGGUAGGAAUUAUGAUGGAAGGAAAAAUACAACCCAUGUCCAUCUGACGAAGAUGCCUGUGGGCCAGUUGUAUGGAACAGGCAAUUACGAUACACCAGGUGUAAACACAAAGCAUAACUACGUUUCCAUGAAAAAAGGCUACGAUAAGAACGAGCAGUACUACCCCACGAAUAUGUUGGGAAAGUUAAGCGAACGGAAGGAUGACGAUGACCCACAAGGUGGCAGUUUCCCCUGCGUGGCGAAUUACGAAACGAGUUACGAGGAGAAUGACUGUAAUAGCAGAAGCAGGAGUGUGGAGAAGAGUGAUCAUUCUGGUUUUAUGAAAAUGUUGAAAGCGUUGGGCCGGGAGGAGCACUGCGGCCAUUGGAUGAGCAGCGCGGGGAGCGCCAACGGGGAAGUCAACGGGACUGCCGACGCGACUGCCAACGGGACUACCAACGGUACUGCCAAUGGGAACCGAAGUGACCAUCGCAGUCGGAACCCACUUGUAGCAGGCAAGGAGCGGUACGAGGACCUACUCCUGGGGGACCUCCCUCAGGAGGGGAAAGACAAAAGUUCAAUGAACCUGCAAAUGGAAGGUAAGGGAACAAACCAGGGUACUCUUUCGCAUUGCGCCACGGGGCGGAAUAAAACGUUCGACGAAGUGCGUCGUACCCAGGCGGUCAGCACUCAUGCCUACUUGGAGGGAGGCGGAAAGGAUGGCGAAAGCCCAAGCGAUGAUCAAGUCAACCACCCAACUGACCACCCAAGUGAUAACCGAAGUGCAGGUGUGCCUAACCACAAGACGAACGCGUUUCCCCACCCAAGCAGCUACACCAAGGCUACCAUACGUUUGGACGAAACCAUUCGCGAUAACUUUAACAAAACUUCCAGCUCCUCUACAUACGAUUACAGCGACUUCGAUUUUCAUUGCUCAUCCAACAAGGACAACAUUGUGGAUUCAUUCAACACCGAAUAUAAGGUAACCACCACCAGGGAGAAAGUUGUUAAGCAAAGACCGAAGAAGGAAGAGGAGGAGAAGCAGGAAAGGCUCUGCUAUUACCAAAGUGACGCCAGGUUCCAGGUCCACAAUUAA